AUGAACCGCAAGCUGGAGCUCAUGGAGCUGGAGGACGGCGGCAACAGCAACAGCAGCGGCGGCAACCAGGAGAUCCCCCUCAUGGAGGUGGCCCACCACCCAGACCUGAGCUACCUGCGGGCGACGGCGACCCACGGCGGCUCCGUGAGCAGCACGACCAGCAGCAAGUACGGCAGCCCCGAGGAGUCCUUCGGCGAGGAGGACGACGACAACAACAGCAAGAAGGCGGUGCGCCGCAAGACGGACUCCAACAGCAAGCGCCCCUGGACGCGCGAGGAGAACGACAAGCUCAUGCAGCUCGUCAAGCAGUACGGCGCCAAGCGCUGGUCGCUCAUCGCCAUGCACCUGCCCGGCCGCGUCGGCAAGCAGUGCCGCGAGAGAUGGCACAACCACCUGAACCCGUCCGUACGCAAGGACGCGUGGACUGCAGAGGAGGACUACGUCAUCUUCGAGUGCCACAAGAACGUGGGCAACCAGUGGGCCGAGAUCUCCAAGAUGCUGCCCGGCCGCACGGACAAUGCUAUCAAGAACCGCUACUACUCGACCAUGCGCCGCAUGCAGCGCCAGUCGAUCCGCAAGAAAGGCCCCAUGCGCGAGGGCAAGAGCAUCCGCGUGGCGUCCGUCGCGUCGUCCCCCGUGCAGAACAACGGCAGCCAAGUUGGGCCUGCCCCCAUGCAGCAGCGACCCUUGAACGGAGUCAUGCAGCCGCAGCUCUCCCCCCAGCAGCAGCUCCCACCGCAGCGAGGGGCGGAUGGCAACUCCAUGGUCGACUUUGAGCGCUCGAGCAUGAUGGCCACUUCCCUACGACAACCGACCAUGGUUUACCCCGUCAACGGAGGCUACUCGAACGGGAUGAACCCGGACUACAGCCGUCCCAUGUCCAUGACGUCGUCUCCUUGCUCGGUGUCCCCCGCCGAUGAUAUGAACCAGAGCAACCAGAAUGAGGCCUUCGACUACGUUCCCAUGCAGGCACAGAUCCAGCGUCUUCGAUCGUCCAGUCCUGGGUCGGUUGUCAUGGGCACGCCCCCUCCUUCGACGUCGAUGGGCAUGAUGAACUCCCCGUACGGCUCGCCGGCAAGCCACAUGCAGCAGCAGCAACAGCAACAGUCUGGCAACUACAUGAUGUCCGGGAACCCGUAUUCUAACAACAACGUGCGUGGCGGCAUGUACUCGAGCCCGUCCAAUGCAGGACCUGCGCAGCAGUACCGUCCGACUGACGCUCCGCCCGUGAACCUCCCCCACAAGCGUAUCCUCGACGUUCAGGGCUCGCAGCGUGACAUGUGGAAGAAUGACAGUCCUGUAUCCGUGACAGCGCAGAUUUUCCGCGGCAUGCCGGCCCAGCACAUGCAGCAAGGCCAAGUCAGCGAGCCGAUGGCCAUGCAGCAGUCCAAGCCGGUGUCCAUGCCCCUGUAUAGACAAGCUCCCAGUAUGGGCCACUUCAACAGCAUGGAGCAGGUAUGGACCGAUGAUGCCUAUCUGUGA